CGACCUCCCACUUUCAGAAGACCUGAUUUCCACUCUUCUUCUACCAGGCAAACAAUCACUCGUCUGCCCGGGAUAUACAAACACGUUCUCAAUUGCAAAAAGCAGAAUGACUCGAUCACGUUUGGCGGCGGCGGCGGCCAAAGGCCUACGGCCACUUUCACGUACCUCGCCGUCGGGGCCAUGCCGGCAAGCAAUCCUCCUUACUGCCUACACUAGGGCAGUAGCCCAGAGCAGCCCGACAACGAGCACACGGGCUGCUGCAUCGUAUGCUCUUUCCGGGCUCCGAUUGUACUCCUCGGUCACCGUCACCGGUCCGGAAAAACCGACCCUCGAAGCCCGCAAACAAUGGCGUGAGCAGCUCGCGGACUUCGCCAAGCAGGACAAGACGCCUCUGUACGACUUCCACCUGGCCCACGGCGGGAAAAUGGUCCUCUUCGGCGGAUACCACAUGCCGGUGGAAUACGCGGGCUUCUCAUUGGCGCAGUCGCACCAUUUCACGCGCGAGCACGCCUCGCUGUUCGACGUCAGCCACAUGGUGCAGCACCGGUUCACGGGCCCCGAGGCGGCGGCGUUCCUCGAACGCAUCACGCCGUCGACGGUCAGCGACAUGCCCAUCAACAGCAGCAAGCUGAGCGCGCUCCUGUGGCCCGGGACGGGCGGCAUCGCGGACGACACCAUGAUCACGCGCACGGGCGAGCAGGAGUACCGGCUCGUCAGCAACGCGGGCACGCGGGAGAAGGUCCUCGCGUACCUCGUCGAGCAGACCAAGGAGCUGCAGAACCCGGAGGACGGCGGCGACGCGUUCUGGUGGGAGGUCCUCCAGGGGCUGGGCCUCCUGGCCGUGCAAGGGCCCGAGAGCGAGGGGAUCCUGCAGCGGGUGAUCGACCCGGCCGAGGGGCUGGAUCUGAGCAAGGUCUACUUCGGGCAGACAGUGUUCGCGCGGCUGCGGGCGCGGCGCGGCGGGGAAUGGGUCACGCUGCCGGGGCGGGCGAUGAUCAGCCGCGGCGGGUACACGGGCGAGGACGGGUUCGAGGUCAGCUUCGAGUCGCCCGGCGAGGAGGCGACGCUGCUGGCGACGACGAUGCUCGAGACGGCCGGGCCGGAGAAGCUGCGGCUGGCGGGUCUCGGGGCGCGGGACAGCCUGCGGCUGGAGGCGGGGAUGUGCCUGUACGGACACGAGCUCGACGACAGCACGACGCCGGUGGAGGCGGGGCUGUCGUGGCUCGUGCCCAAGGAGCGGCGGACGGCGGGCGCCGGGUUCCACGGGGCCGAGGUGAUCGCUUCGCAGCUGGUGGCCAAGAGCAAGGGCGGGGCCGGGGUGGAACGGCGGAGGGUCGGGCUGGUGGUGAAGGUGCCGGCGCGGGAAGGGGCCGAGCUGUUGACCAAGGAGGGGGAGAAGGUCGGGGUUGUCACGAGCGGGGCGCCGAGUCCGACGCUGGGGAAGAACAUCGCCAUGGCUUACGUGCGGGACGGGAUGCACAAGGCCGGCACGGAGUUGGAUGUCGUCGUCCGGGGCAAGAAGCGGGCGGCUACGGUGACCAAGAUGCCGUUCGUGCCGAGCAAAUAUUACAAGCCCGCGACGUCUGCAUGAUGGUUCUUCGUACAAGCAGAAGAAAAAAAGAAGAAAAAGGGAAAGAACAGGUUAUCGGUUACGGCGCAUGAGGGCAAGUGGCAGGCUGGACGGGGAGCUGAGCUUUCAACAAGAUCGAUAUACCCGGAGUCUCGCGACGCGUGUGAGACACGAUGGAUUUGAUUUCUUCUGUUGUUUCUAGCUGUACGGGUAUCUUUCUGAUUUUCCACAUAGACGUUGGGAAAAAAGAAGAAAACAAAACAAAACAAAACAAAACAAAACAGAAUACGAAGAAGGGAAAGGAUGUAGCCACGAUUACCAUGGGAAGCCACCGUGGAAUAAAUUCGAUGACGACCCUCAAACGAGCGGCCUUUCUAGAUAAUCUUGCAAUAUAACCCUCGAACGAAGCAAGCGGGAAAAAUCAAAUUUACUUCGACUGGUAAAUGAGGGUUGGGUUGCGAAUGUAGAGAGAAGAGAAAAUUUCCGGGAG